UUAAAAUAUGAACGUGAUAGAGGAGUUUGAUGAAGAGUUAUCUGAUGAGUUUUUGGAUGAAAAUGCUUCCGUUUCCAGUAUUCAUGUGUCUGAGAAUCUUGACAAGAAUAUGUCAAAGUCAUUGUUUUGUAGCAAAGUUGAGAUGGGCAGAGUUUCUGAAACUGAAUCGUGCCUUUUGAAUCAAUCUGAAAUGAUACUCUCUAGUGAGCCUGAGGCAUUACAGAGUAAAGAAGUUUCUGUUCCUAGGAAAGCAUUGCCUUUUAAGAAGUCGAGUUAUCAAGGUCCAUCUAACAAAUCUAAGCUUAAGAACAACAUUAAGACUCUCUUUAAGAAAGUAAAGAGGAUAAGGAGUUAUCCUGAUACUACGAGUGAGCAUCAAAAACUGUUAAUGAAGCAUAAGAAAGAGCUCCUACCAAAAAGAAGUAGGUUGGUGAGAGGAGUAACUGUUCAUGACUGUGAGCCUCCCAAAAAAUUCUCUAUAAGCUUAAUUAACCAUAAUUCCUACUAAACUAAUUA